UACAGUGUAAAUUUCACAGUGGACUAGACUGGCCCAUAGUGUAGGAAUUGGAAUGCGAUUCGAUUUAAUGAAUUAUAGGUCAUAUGGAACAAUUGGGUUCUGUCUUCUGAGGGAAGAAGACGCAUUAUGAGGGCGACGUAUCUGGAGCGUGGGUGGUUUACUAGUGUAGCAUCAAAUCGUUGCUCGGUGUAGCCGUCACCAUGGCAACCAGCGCCGUUCCCAGUGACAACCUGCCCACGUAUAAGCUGGUGGUGGUGGGCGACGGAGGGGUGGGGAAGAGCGCGCUCACCAUCCAGUUCUUCCAGAAGAUCUUCGUGCCCGACUACGACCCCACCAUCGAGGACUCCUACCUGAAGCACACCGAGAUCGACGGACAGUGGGCCAUCCUCGACGUGUUGGACACUGCGGGCCAGGAAGAGUUCAGCGCAAUGCGGGAGCAAUACAUGAGGACGGGCGAUGGCUUCCUCAUCGUCUUCUCCGUGACGGACAAGGCCAGCUUCGAGCACGUGGACCGCUUCCAUCAGCUCAUCCUCAGAGUGAAGGACCGGGAGUCCUUUCCCAUGGUUCUGGUCGCUAACAAGGUGGACCUGGUUCACCUGCGGAAGGUCUCCAGUGAACAAGGAAGAGAGAUGGCUGCCAAGCACAGUAUUACUUACAUUGAAACAAGUGCCAAGGAUCCUCCAAUGAAUGUGGACAAAGCGUUUCACGAGCUCGUUCGAGUUAUCAGGCAGCAGAUCCCGGAAAAAAGCCAGAAGAAGAAGAAGAAGAAAGCUAAGUGGCGGGGAGACCGUGCCACCAGCUCGCACAAGCUUCACUGCGUUAUCUUGUGAAGGGCUUCCCACCGCGCUGCCUAGCCCAAAAAGCCUUGGGGCCUUGCACUUGACCCACCGAGAGAGCCAGAUCUUCGGGGGGGGAAGAAAAAAGAAAAAAAAGACUUUUGACUGUUCGGACUCUGCAGAACGCCCCAAAACUGUUCUUAUUUGGUUCUGUGGAGACCACGCCCUUCCUGGCCUGAAGUCACCACCCUCCCUCCUGACGGCAGGGACUUUAUAUGAAGGGAAGAAACUGAAGUUCAGUACUGUAGCUGUUUUACAGAUGAACUCUGAAGUGUUACAGGAGAUGAGUAAUUUCUUUGUGGAUCUCCUCCCCACACACAUUUGUUGGUUCAUGUUUUGUAAUGUUCUUGUGAUUGUAUUGGUGCCCUUGAAGUGGUGUGAAACAGAGAUGGCUGUUUUGGGAAACGCUGGGUCUUUUAUUUUUUUCCCCAGCUGAGAAGGGAAGUUCCUUUGGUGCACAUGAGUGGGAGAGAGACAGAGACAGACAGACCAAGAGAGACAGAAAGAGAGAGAGAGAGAGAGAGAGAGAUGGAGAGAUAGACAGAGUGCGAAAGAGAAAAUAUGGGUGUUUGCAUUAGGAUCAGCUGCCCUGCCAGCAAACAGAAGUGAUAGUGAAGUGGGUAAAAGCUGGGACCUCCAAAUGAAUUCCAGCUGGUUGGGGGGUGGGGUUGGGCAGAGGGAAGGGGGUGGGGGGUGGUGGGGGCUCCAGUCAUUGUGUCAAAGGCUGGAAGGCAGCCAAAGCCCAGCCCAUAAGUUAUACAAAGAAAGAAAAAAACACUCAGAUUUCCAACAAGACUUCCCUUUUUAUACUGGCAUGUUUGAGAUGACUCCACCCUUUUUUAAUGUUUGGGCCAAACUGGGGUGCUUACCAAGUCUAUAAAUGACUCUUUGAUGGACAUCCCUUUGCACUUUUCAUAGAUUUCUUUAUACGUACUUGCAUGUGUUUUGAGGAGAGAUGGAGUAUUCAUUGGAGGGAAUGAUGGCCAGUUCAAGGGUAUAUGACGGUAUAUGAAGUCCAUAUUCAUUAUGUGUCACACACUCCUGCCAUCCUGUCACUUCUGUGUGGCUCUCCAGUGACGAGAAACUGUUUCUGCGCAACAGUCUGUGAACAAAAAAUGGAGAUGUACUUACAGAAAAAUCAAGUAACAGGUGAUGAUGGAGGUGGAGACACGCUUACACAAAAACAAUGUCAUAGCUCAUGGGGGGGAUUUCAUACAGUGGGGGAGGGGGGGGGGGGGGGGUUCAGUACUGUGUAAUAUUGUGUGUGUGUCCGUCUCAGAGGUAAUAUCAACUAUUGAAGUUGAAUGGUCUUUCUUGUGUCGGUAAAUGAUAUUGAUCGGCUACUUUUUUUUACUUACUAAUUUAUUACUGUUACCUAACUUUUGUACUGUGCACAUUGUUUAGCUAGCAGCAUUGCAGCUUGUGUGGCUGAAGGAAACGGUUUUCCCCUUCGUCCCAGCUGCAAUGGUAAAGAUUUGUAAACAGAAUAAAAAGAUAUUGUUAUGGAAAAUUGCCA